UCCCGAACCAAUGGUACGGUAGGCAUGUUUGGGAUUUGAAUUACGGAAUUGCCUGGCGUGCUGUUUACUUUGGUGGCGCCUCUGUAAUUGUGACUUUGUGUUGACGAUUUGAAGAAAGAAGAAGAAAAAUGAUACCUCAGCAGUGGGCAUCUCCAUGUGGAAACCAAUGCACCAAUAAAUACGCUGCCCUCACUCAAAUUCCUUGGCGGGUAUUCUGCAAAAAGGGUUGUGACUCUGAUGGAGAAACGUGGGAGGAAUGUUUGGAGGAUUGUAAUCAAAUGUGUUUCAAGGACCCUGUACUAAAGGACCAGCAGUGGAGUGCUUAUAUCGAUCGUUCUCCUGGAGCUGCUAGUUAUUCAGAGGACUGUUUCCGUGCUUGUGUUUCUGGAUGCGGUUAUAAGUUUGAGGUUAUAACAGAAGAGGUGGAUAAAGUUUGUCCCAACAGACCACCCAAGCCUGCCCCAGUUCAGAAGCCGAAGCCACAACCCAUAGAACCCGUUGACCCACCUGAAGAGAUGCCUGGCAUUUCUGCAUAGUGGAAAUUGAUGAACAAACCUAACCAUUCUUUUUAUACUUACAAGAUACAUAUUUGUAGGAUUUGGUGUUUUUGAUCUUACAUCCUACACCACAUCAGCAUAAUUAAGGUUCUUUUUGGGGAAACAACAUAAAAUGCUUUUGCCCUUUUUACCUUAGAGAUAGUAGAAGCCGAAAGCAAGGAAUCCGGAAAAUUUUGGUAGUUGGAACUGAGAACAUGGUGAAUGGCAGGAGGUUUAUCUAAAGAACAUUUUGGAUUCUUUUUCGUCUGGCCAAAUGAAUAGUAGAUUUGCCUUUGCCACCAUACUGGCAUUUUCAAUCUCCUAAAUUGGUUACUUCCAUUUCAUAUGUUAUAUAUUAGCCCCUUUUGACAACACCAUUGUUCUUCACUUCUUAUAGCAACUUGAUCACUAUUAAUGGAUUCUUCACUAGUGCGAUUUGAAUUUGGAAGAAACAUGCAUAAAAAGUUACUUAAUUGGAUCCUUAUAUGAUCUUAUUAUUUUAUGAUAAUUCACUUUGACUUCUUUUAUUUAUGUAAUAACUUGCUGAAUAUAAUACCACUUUGCCUUCCCUAGCCAUAACAAUUCUUUCACGCCUUACCCCUCUUAUAAGUUUCCUUCAUACUUCAAGCAUGACACAGGUUAUGCAGCCCAAUAUGAAACUACCACAGUACCACUGGUAGUCUGGUAUUUGGGUAUUGCUUAAAAGUCUUGAAUUCUAUAAAGUAGCGUAUGUUUUGAAGUAUUGGGAUGGAGACUGGGAGAUUGGAACUUAAUAUCAUGUUUGUCGGCUAGAGAUUGGUAUUAAAAUUUCAGUC